AUGUACCGGAAGUAUGCUAAUGAAGCUGGGUUUGAUGUACGUUUAUCCAACAAGAAAAUAAAUAAGAAGGGUUGUAUCACGUCACGAUUUUAUGUGUGUAGUAAGGAAGGAAGGCCACCAAGUAAGUAUUUUGAUUCCUUAGAUGUUCUUCCAGGUGAUCGCAGGAUCCGUAAUUCAAAUGUAAAGCGUUACGGUUGUGGAGCAUGUUUCAAGAUUCAUUUUGUUAAAGAACGGAGACAGUAUGAAGUUUACAAAUUUAUUGAGCAAUACAAUCACAUGCUUUUUAAUAAGGAGGAGAUGAGGUUUUCACGUUCUAAAAGGCAACUACACUACGCUGAUCACAAAAAUGUAUUUCAUGGUUCUAGUUCGAAGGUUGGUGUCACCAAAUCUCAUAGAUUUAGGAAAGCAAUUACGGGUGGUGUAGAUUGCUCGGGUGGCACCGUAAGAGAUCAUCAAAACUUCAAACGCGAUAUGGCUUAUUUUGUUGACAAUAAAGACGUGCAAAUGUUGUUAAAUGUGAUGUCUAGUAGGAGGAAGGUGUGUCCCGAGUUUUUUUUCGAGUACAAGUGUGAUGAUAAGAAGUUGUUAGCGAUUUUCUGGGCUGAUCAAACUGCGCGAUCGAAUUAUAGGGAAUUUGGUGAUGCAAUAUCAUUUGAUGCAACGUUUAGGACGAAUAAGCAUGCCAUUAUAUUUGUUCCGUUUGUUGCAAUUGAUAAUCAUAAGAAAUUUGUCGUUGUUGGAGCUGCUUUGAUUCACAAUGAAUCUGUGGUUGAUUACACUUGCGUAUUGAAAGCUUUUGUAAAAGCUCAUGGACGUCAACCACGUUUUGUGAUCACUGACCAAUGUGCGUCGAUGAAACAAGCAAUUCUCAUUGCAUUUCCUGAAUCCAAGCAUCGAUUGUGUAUGUGGCAUAUCACUAAAAAGCUCAAUUCUAAGAUCAGUAAUUACCUCCAACAUCGUACGCCGUUUGUUAGUGAAUUUAAUAAGUUAGUGUGGAAUGUUCACCUUGCCCCUGAUGAAUUUGAGAUGAAAUGGCUCAACAUGAUGGAUUUGUAUGGAUUACAUGGAGACUCAAGGUUUGAUGAACUGUAUGAGAUUAGGGAGUCAUGGAUUCCGGCUUAUUAUAAGGAUUAUCAUAUGUCCGGUCUAAUAAAAACAACAUCCAGGUCGGAGAGUAUUAAUGGUUUUUUUAAUGUUUAUGCAUAUUUUUGGCACGAUCUUGUCAUUUUUCUUCGUUCUUUUGAUAAUGCAAUUGAAAGCCAACGGACGACACAUGGGUCGCUAGUAGUGACAACGAAGAGCACGGUUCCUCGAUUGGUGUCUUCUUGCAAAUUAGAAGCUCAUGCAGCAGAAGUAUAUACACGGACGAUAUUUUUUGAAGUUCAGAAAGAGUUAAGAAAGGCUGUUUAG